CCUUUUGAAGACGAGACAAACUGAGUACCUGAAGACCAUCACCUUGUUGGAUAAAAUACAAAUCAUAAGCUUCCACCGUUGAUACAAUUCGAAGAAAAAGAGAUAAAAAGAUAAACUAUAGCUUGAGAUGAAUGAGCUUGACGGGAUCAAGAUUCGGAGGAAAAAGCUUAAGCGGAUUUGCAGUCCAAUGCAAGAUCGAAUAAGUAAUUUACCUUGGAACACAUUAGAUUGCAUUCUUUGCCACCUCCCAAUACGUGAUGCUGUGAGGACAAGCCUAUUAUCAAAAAGUUGGAGAUACAAAUGGGUUACCCUUUCCAAGCUUGUAUUUAAUUAUCGCAGUGGAAACUUGGAAGACAUUCUUGGGAAUAUGAGGUAGUGAACUUUGUGUAUCGGGUCCUCUUGGCUCAUUGUGGCCAAAUAGACGAGUUCAAGCUUUCAACUUAUAACAGUAUAAGUUCCUCUGAUCUUGAUCAUUGGAUAAGUCAUCUUACAAAGAAGGAUAUCAGAAGGUUAAGUCUCAUUUGUGGCGUUGAUCUAGAAAUGUACGAGUUACCUCCUUGUAUAUUCUCUUGUCAGCAAAUAACUCACUUGUGCAUCAACCACUGUUUGCUGAAGCCUCCUCUCGAAUUCAAAGGUUUUAACUGUCUUGUGAGCCUUAAUCUCGAGAGCUUUUCCAUUGAUACCAUAGAACUUGAAAGGUUGAUUCGCAGCUGCCCAGUUCUUGAGAGAUUGGUGCUAACUAAUAUUCUCUCUCUGCCUCUGUUUAAGGUCUAUGGUCCAAAUCUCAAGUACUUGUGUCUGGAGGGAAACUUUGGUGAUAUCCACCUUGAGAAUUGUUCACUUCUCACUGGCAUCUCCUUCCAGAUGACCUCAGACGGGUUGGAAAGUCACCAAGAGUUCGAGGAAGGAUCGGCUUAUAGAUUGAUCCAAGCUCUUGGUUGCCUUUGCGGUCUUCGUCGUCUAACUUUUUCUUGUGUAUUUCUCAAGGCUUGCAAUGAUGUGCACAUAACCCACCGACCUAUAAAUUUUCUGGACAAACUUCAAGCGAAUUGCUAUUUCAAUGCUCUCCGUGUUGUGGAGAUAAAACUACACGGGUACAACAGCGAGCAGAAUUCUAUCCCUUGCUGGAGAUUGGAGUUGGAGGUCAUCAAGUUCUUGCUUUCUCGUUCUCCAAUACUUGAGAAGAUGAUAAUCCAAAUGUUUGGACAAGGAAUUCAACUGCAUAGACUCUUUAUGGGAGAGUUGCUGGAAUUUGAAAGGGCCUCACCAAGAGUGGUUAUCACAUUCUUUCCUUGAAAUUUACUCCCCUCGCUUCAUCUGUCCUUCUCUGCAGUGUCGGUAGCAAUGUUGAAGCAGGGACUCAAUUUAGGUAAGAAAUUUCUCUCACAUCUCCUGAUGAUAUUCCAGUAAUCUUUAAUAUCAUAAAUGUUGAUAUACUUUCAGUUGGGAUAGGGAAUGAAGUUCUCGUGACCCAUUAAUUGAAAGCUUGGAUAUAUCUUACGCCAUUGACGUUCAA